GCAGUCUUUCAUCCAAUCAAGAAAAAGACAUGGCGAACACUGGAGAUUGAUGCAUACUGCAGUGUGGGUUUUCCUUAUUAUUCGCGAUCCUGUGUUAACUUGAGAUCUAAUCAAGCCGGAUAUUGUCAGUUACUGAUCCUGACGACUUGAGAAUCAAAUGCAGUUAUCUUAAAUUUCAGUUAUCGUCCCAGGGAGUUGUUGCCAAGACUGUAGCAUGGAAGCCCCAGAAGAUCAAAACCUGUCCUUGGAGGAAGGCAUUGAGGCUGCACAGGAGGCCAGGGAGUCUGACCCAGAGGCUGAGCAGGGGGUCAGGGAUGAGGAAGAGGAGGAUGCAGGGAGAGAAGAGGACAGCGGGGCUGAGGAUAUCCAGGAUGAGCAGGCUGGCUCUGGUGCAGAAGAUGAUGCCUCUGAUGUGGAGGGGGACCAGUUAGUUACCUCAGAAGAUAAUCCAGAAGGACAAGUGCCUGUUGUGGAACAACUUCAAGAUGUGAGCCAACCCCAGUCUGCUGGUCAAGGAGCAGAUGGACUAUAUCUACCUCCAGAAGAGAGCGGCCCCUCUGAGACCGAUGAUCGUAGACGGGUGUCCAGCAGUGCUGAGGCGCCUGAGACUGAAGUUGACCAGUCACAUCUCCUGUUGCAAAGUGAGGCUGACCAGGCACAGCUGACUUCCCAAACUGAGGCUGACCAAUCACAAGCAAUGUUGCAAGUAGAACCUGAUCAGUCCCAGGUCAAUUUACACACUGAAGCUGACCAAUCACCAAUAGCUUCAGAAAUUGAGGCUGACCAGUCACGGUCAGCCUUGCAAGUCGAGGCAGAUCAGAAUGAAGGGGCUGCCCAGCCAGUGUUUGGGGAGGAUUCCACAGACAGAGAAGCAACACGGGACAGCACUGAAGAGGUUUCUGAAACCGAGAGCACGGGUGAGGUGGAUGACGCAGAAGAAAGCACACAGGACUCACAAUUCACUGCAGACAGCACCAACCAGGGGAUCCCUUCAUAUUCUGUGAUUUCUGGAGUAAGUGACCCCCCUGGGUCACUCACUGGGGACUCUCAGUCCCAGUCUUUGCCAUGGGAGGGUUAUUUUGGUGGUGCUGCCCCUGGCUCCCACCCAGAGGAGUCUCAGUCCCAGUCUCUGACAGGGGAGGGGCUCUAUGGAGAAAGAGAUGCCACAGAGGAUAUUUCUCAGGACUCCUCAAUACAGCAGGGGGACAUUGAGGAGGAGGAAAGGGGUGGACUCUCUGACCAGAUAUGUGAUAGUAAUCAAAAUGAUUCUCAAAGUGCGAUUAUCAAACAGGACACUGAAAACCAGGGACAGGGAAAUCUGCCAACACAGAGUGAUUAUGGUAUAGAAAGGUUGGGUAUCAAUGGAGAUAGUGACAGUGCCACCCCAGGGAUAAGAGAUGGUAGUGGUUCCACUACAGGGGUGGCCCCAGAUAGUGGGUGUAAUCCGGCAACCCUGUCAGAGGGUGAGGAUGGAGAGGAAGAAAGCUCAGAUAGUGGGGAAAUUGAGGAAGAGAAAGACAGUGGUAAAAUGGGGACAGAUCAGAAAAAUGCCACACAGCACCAAACUGAUGUAAAAGCUAAGAGAAAAGACAACCCUUUGAAACAUGAUUUAAAUGAGGAUCACGUUGAGCUGGACUUUGAGGAAGAUGUGGUGGAUGUGCAUGCAAGUGAGAGUGGGAUGUUAGUGGAUGGACAGAAGGAAGAAAUGGAUGACACUGGAAGAAAAGAGGAAGGUGAAGAAUCAGAAGAAGAGGGAGAAGAAAAGGAAGAAGGAGAAGCAAGAUCUGGCGACGAGGGUGAGAUAGAGGAUGAAGAUUGCGAAGAAGGAGAAAUAAAAGACCCUGAUGGGAGAAAGCCAUUUGUAAGGCCGAUGUGUCGUUUUUUCAAUAGAGGGCACUGCACGUGGGGCCCUUCUUGUCGAUUUCUUCACCCUGGGGUCAAUGACAAAGGUAACUACUCCCUGAUAGAAAGGCCAGGGUUUCACCCCCCAGGGAGGCUGGGGCAGCCUGGGGGUCAGGGACCCCGGGGACAGGAGGGUAAUCCAGUGGAAGAACUUCCCCCGCCCCCUCCAGUGGAGGAACCUGCUACAGAGAGUGCCUGGGAAAGAGGGCUGAGGCAAGCCAAGGAGCUGAUGAAGAAGGCCAGUAAAAAGAAAGAACAAGAGGUGAACUUACACGAGAAGCGCCUCACACUGAGUAUAGAGGAUCAAGACAGGGAGAUGAAUAAAGAAAACGACAGGAGAAGAUUUGAGCCAGACCCGUACUAUGAUGACAUGUUUGAUGAUCCUUACUAUACAAAAGAACUAGACAUCCAUCCGUACGAGAACUUUGAAGUACGCUGGAGUCGGGAGCCUUUGCCACCACCGCCUCAGGAAUAUUACCCCAGGGGGCAUGACUACCCGCCUAUGAAUCGUGACAGGAGAAGGGAGAGAAGGAGAAGUCCAUCUCCUCACAGGCCAAGGGAGCACCGCAGACACAGAGAACGUGUGCGUGAGCGCAUAGAACGGGAGCCAAAUCCACCACCUCAGAGAGUUUUGCCUGACAGUAAACCACCUCCAGAGACAAUGGAGAACAAAAAUAAUAAGCCAGAUGAAUGGAGAGAUCCUUGGAUGAGGUCAAAAUCUCCAAAGAGAAAACCUGGGUCUCCGGAGCCUCAGUCACGGGGAAGGAGGAGGAACAGGUCUGGGAGCUACUCAUCGUAUUCAUCAUCAAGAUCUAGGUCAAGGUCAUCUUCAUAUUCUGUCUCAAGUCGUUCAUCAUAUAGCCGGUCAUCUUCAUUUAGUUCAAGAAGUUCAUCAUAUUCACGCUCUCCAACACCAAAAGGUAAAAAAGCAGCAGUGCCUGGACCCCCAACAGAGAAAAAGCCCCUGCCUGCUCCAAAACCUGGUGAGGCUCCAAAGAGUUCUGUGCAGAAGACGACAACAAAAUCUCCAGACAAGAAAGCAAAACCUCUAGUGGGCCCCACAUGGGCACCCCCAGUGACACCUAGUGGUGGAACAACAACUUCUGGUUCGGCGCCAUCUCAGCCACAGAAAUUAUUGGGACCACCACCAGGGGCCAAGACAGGACCAACAGAAAGAGGAAGGAAAAAGGAGAAAGGACCCCCCAGGACUAAGAAGAAGACUCACAGUCCAAGCGGCAGUUCCUCUUAUAGCAGCUCCAGCUCUUCUUCAUCACGAUCACGCAGUCGUAGCAGCAGUGCAUCAUCUGUCAGUAGUACAUUUUCUAGUAGCUCAGGUGGAAGUGCCGACUCAGAUAACAUAUACAAAGACAUGGGAAAGGGGCCUAAGAAAGGAAAAAAUAAAGAUGUCACAAAGAGGCCACCACCUGGAGGGGUACCUCCAGCGCCAUCUACUGGCGGUCCAGCCGGAGGACCUCCAGUGCCACCUCGGAGAGAAAAAGAGAAGAAAGACAAGUCAAAACAAAUGGCCAAACCCACAACAUUAUCAAAAACUGGACCACCACCACCAGCACAGAUGUCCAGUGGGGCUCAGCCUCCACCACUCCAGCCAGUUUCAGGAAGAGGUGACCGAGUGGACAGUUCAAAGACAAAGUCCAGUGUGACGUCAUCAACAUCUGUGGUCAAAACAGCCAAAGAUCCAAUGAAGAUGAUAGGGCAAAAGCAACAGAUUAAGUUAACCCUUGUGAACAAGCCAAAGGACAAGGGAGGUCUGAAACGACCAGCAGAGGGCAGUAGUGCUCCUCCUGCCAAGAAGCCCACACCUGCCAAACCUCCUGUAAAAGCUGCCCCAAUACCAAAAGAUUCAAAGGCAUCUGUGAAAGUUCCUCCGAAAGCCCCAGAGAAACCAGCUGAGGCAAAACCCUCUAUACCCAAGGUUAGCAUGAAAAUUGAGAGCAAGAAACCACUUCUACAGCCUCCAAAGCCUGUUAAGACGGCGUCUAGCAACAAUGUGCCACAAGGAGGCUCCACUGCAGCUCCAGUGGUAGCCAAAGCAUCGAAGAAGAGCACGUCUUCGAGGAGAGAAGAACUUUUGAAACAGCUAAAAGCUGUGGAAGACGCCAUUGCUCGAAAACGCUCAAAGAUGAAUUGAUGAUGUAAAUCAUGGCACCAGGGGAUGGUGUGAUUGUUAUCUUGUUUUAAAAGUUCUCUUGAGAUCAUGACAUCGGCAAGAAGUGUGACUUGGUAAUUUUAUCCAAGUUUAACUUGAAUGGCAAUAUUGGUAUGAAUGGUCAUUCGACAUAGUAGUUGAUGUUACAGAGGAUGCAGCCGACUUGGAGUGCACCUAUAUUGAAUGCUUUAUUGCCCAUAGUCUCGAGAUUAGAAAGUGCUUUGCUCUAGAAUUCCAGCUCAGUGCUGUGAGAAGAUUGCUCUCAUGAUAUCAAGCACAAAAGAUGGUGGUAGAAUGCCUUCAGAAACAUACUGAAGAAAUAAUCCCAAAUCGACUGAGCUUUGCUACAAAAUCUGAGUUUUAGGAGUUAAUCUACAAUUUUGCAAAGAAAAGAGUGGAGGUUAUUUAAAACCAUGGAGAGAACGUGGACAUGUUAACAGAAUGAUGUUGAGAUCUAGAUAGGCAUAGAAAACCCCAAAUGAAUGCCUAUUUGCCAUAAAAGAAGCAUUUAGAGAUGAUACGUAUCAGCUCAUGAUAGUUAACGGAUUCAAUAUAUACAAGUAUGAUAUCUUUUUCUAAAAAUGAAGGGGGUUUCUCUCUCUGACAGUACAGGUUGAGUGCAGAGUAAGUUCUUCAAACAGAACUCACUGCUGCAUUGGGUCAUUAAUUAAUUUUUUCAAUUGGUGGCUUGUUUUAGUAUCAGAAAGGCUUGAUAAAUCUGCAGUGUAAUAAGGUUUACGUGAGAUAUGUAAAGAAUUGCACACCUCACUGGAAUAUAGGAAUUGAAGAACUAAUAAAUAAAAGCACUAGAAUUAUUCAUUAUGCUAUGCAAACCAAAUCUAAUUGAAAGUAAUUAUGAGAAUUUGUCUUUGCUCAUUUUUUCACUCUGCAUUUUGCUAGCAAUUAUUCGUCUUCAUUAUUGGACAUUCAGGCAAUUACAGAAAUUAUACCUGCGGUUUUUAAACAGUAUUGAAGUCUGUAGUGUGCUGGGGUUUGCCUUACUUGAAAUAAAAACUAGCGUCAGUCUUUUUAUUGAAGCCCAUUAGUAUUGAGGAAAGUAGACCACACCUGAAGCCAGAGAUGAAAAUGGAUAAAUUUUGGGAAAUUACAGCUUAUUUGAUUGUUUGUAUUUUUUUUAAUUUAUCAUAUUACAGACAGUUACAUGUUCUUUGUAUUGCCAAAUUUUUGUCAGUCUUCAUCAUAAAACCUGAUCUAAUUAGUGCAGGUAUUACUGUGCACAGGUGUCAUAUUAGUAUGCUGUUCUUGGCUAAUCAGUUUAAUGCAGGUGUCUUAUUAGUAUGUUAACUGAUCAGCUGUGACAUCUAGUGAUCAGUACUAAUACAAAGAAAGUGUAACUUUUUGUGAUAUCAUGAUAGAAAAACAAUUUGGAUUUAUGUAGGGACUAAUGAGUCCAGACAUUCUUCAAAAACUUAUUUGAUAAUAUCCAUAAUGGAACUUGUAAAAUAAAUCUUUUUUAGUAAA